GAUUUUCAUUGGCUGUUGGAAAUCGUCCUACAUCGCACCAUACGAGUUUAGGGAGAGGUCAACUCACAUAAACAAAAACAUGCCACGAGUAAAUUUCAUCAGUAUUUUCAUUUACAAAUUUGCUACGGAUAAGACAGCACGUAUUUUCAAGAUUUAAAGAAUUGACUGUUUGAUAAAAUUUAUAACUCGGAAGGGAGAAUUCACAAGACAGAAAAUGCAAGCUAGGAACUUUGAGGAAGCCCCUGUAUUUGAUGAGAUGCAUACCGGCGAUAGAGAUGCUGGGGUAAAUAUGAUGGCAGCAUCAUCACAACAUGAACAAGUUGGUGCAGGAGCAUGUAAAGAACAAAGUGGAGAAGUUGUGAUCAGUGGUGUGUCAUGUCGGUUGCCACAAUCAGACAAUAUGGAAGAAUUCAGAGAAAAUCUGAUGUCAGGUGUUGACAUGGUAACAGAAGAUGAUUCUAGAUGGACUCCUGGCAUGUAUGGUUUGCCAAAGAGAAGUGGAAAAUUGAAGGAUCUUUCAAAAUUUGAUGCCUCAUUCUUUGGUGUGCAUCCAAAACAAGCUAACAGUAUGGAUCCCCAAUUAAGGAUUUUAUUGGAAGUUACUUACGAAGCUAUAGUUGAUGCAGGAUUGAACCCAGACAAUAUUAGGGGAACAAAGACAGGUGUGUUUAUUGGGGCUAGUGCAUCAGAGAGUCAUGAGGCAUGGUCUAUGGAUGUAGAAGAUACUGUAGGAUAUGCAAUGACAGGGUGUACACGUUCAAUGUUUUCCAACAGACUCUCGUAUUUCUUUGAUUUUAAAGGGCCCAGUUACACUAUUGAUACAGCAUGUUCAUCAAGUUUAUUGGCCCUGGACCAAGCAUUACACAGUAUUCGCAGUGGGCAUUGUGAUGCAGCAAUUGUAGGCGGGGCUAAUCUGUGUUUGAAACCAGCUGUAGCUGUACAAUUCAUGAAGCUUGGCAUGCUUUCACCUGAGGGAAUGUGUAAAUCUUUUGAUAUUGAAGGAAAUGGAUAUUGCAGAAGUGAAGGCAUAGUAGCCAUCUAUCUACAGAAAGAAUCUAGUGCUAAACGUAUUUACUGUAAUUUAGUUCACUCAAAAACAAACAGUGAUGGAAACAAACAGCAAGGUAUAACAUUUCCAUCUGGAGAUAUUCAGAAGCGAUUGCUACAGGAAGUAUACAGCGAGGCAUGCAUAGAUCCCACCCAGGUGUCUUACGUGGAAGCCCAUGGGACUGGCACCAAGGCUGGUGAUCCUCAAGAAGUGAACACAAUUUGUGAUGUAUUCUGCAAGGGCAGAAAGGGGUCUCUACCCAUUGGAUCAGUGAAGUCAAAUAUGGGUCAUUCAGAGCCUGCAUCAGGUCUAGCUGCUGUUGCUAAGGUGAUUGUUGCUAUGGAGGAAGAAAUCAUCCCUGGUAACCUACAUUAUAACUCCCCAAACCAAGAUAUUCCAGGUUUGUCAGAUGGACAAUUAGAAGUUGUGGGUCAGAACAAGAAAAUGGAUGUUGGGCUGGUUGGAGUGAAUUCAUUUGGAUUUGGAGGGUCUAAUGUCCACACAAUUCUUCGGGCAAAAAAGAAAAUUGAAAAUACUGCAUGUAAGGAGUGUGAGAAGAAAAGACUAUUUUUGUAUUGUUCAAGGUCAGAGGAAGGUUUGAAGGAAACUUUAGAAAAAGUCAGACGUCAUGAAAGUGAUCUUUAUUUACAUUCUUUAAUGAAUGAAUCCACCCAUUUGCCAUCUGCCACACAUCCCUAUCGGGGUUAUACAGUGCUUAAUGGCUCAGAUGAAAUAAAUGUCCAGAAAAUCAGUUCCGAAAUGCGUCCAGUAUGGUAUGUGUUUGCUGGAAUGGGGACACAGUGGCAUGGUAUGGGUAGGAAAAUGAUGGAGAUUGACACAUUCAAGUCCUCAAUAUUACGAUCAGAUGCUGUUCUUAAACCAUAUAACUUGAACUUGUUUGAUAUGUUAAUGAAUGGCGACGAGUCUACCUUUGAAGAUACAGUCAACUCGUUUGUAGGAAUAGCUGCAAUCCAGGUAGCUCUUGUAGAUGUGGUGACAGCAAUGGGAAUCCGCCCAGAUGGUAUUGUAGGGCACUCUGUCGGGGAACUUGGUUGUGCCUACGCAGAUGGAAGCCUGACAGCAGAGGAAACCGUUCUGGCAGCAUACUGGAGAGGUCACUGUAUACAGAAUGCCAAGCUUCCACCUGGAGGAAUGGCUGCUGUGGGUUUGACAUGGCAGGAGGCUCUAGAGCAAUGUCCAGAGGGCGUAGUACCAGCUUGUCACAAUGCCAUAGAUACUGUGACAAUCUCUGGUCCCAGGGAUGCAGUCAGGCAGUUUGUAAAUGAGCUAAAAGAGAGACAAAUAUUUGCCAAAGAAGUAAAUACUGCAGGAGUGGCUUUCCAUUCUUACUAUAUGCAAGAAAUUGCUGCUUCACUUAAAACUGCUUUAAAUAGGGUUAUCAAAAAUCCCAAGGAGAGAUCAGCACGAUGGAUAAGUUCCUCAAUACCGGAGGCUAACUGGUCCACUGACCUUGCCAAGCACUCUUCAGCUGACUAUCAUGUGAACAACCUUGUCAGUCCGGUACUGUUCCAGGAAGCAUUGAAGCAUGUACCCAAUAAUGCUGUUGUGAUUGAGAUUGCUCCUCAUUGUCUUCUACAAGCAAUAUUGAAAAGAUCCCUUUCAAAGGAUUGUUGCAUUGUGGGCUUGAUGAAACGAUCACAUGCAGAUAAUGUUGAUUUCUGUCUUUCAAGUCUUGGAAAGUGUUAUCAACACGGCGUGAAGUUGAAUCCAUUACAACUUCUCACCCCUGUAUCCUAUCCUGUACCUAGAGGAACACCUAUGAUUUCACCUUUAGUCAGGUGGGACCAUUCACAGCAAUGGAAUGUGCCAACUGCUGAUAUGUUCAUUGGAGGAGGAGCUAACUCUUCAAAUGGGUGUGGCUUUGAUAUUGACAUGUCACAUGACUCUGAAGACAGGUACCUGACUGGGCAUAAGAUAGAUGGGCGUGUUCUUUUUCCCGCCGCUGGAUAUUUGUUGUUGGCUUGGAAAACUCUGGCUAAGUCUAUAUCUAAGCAGUAUGAUGAGCUUACUGUGCUGUUUGAGAAUGUUGACAUUCAUAGGGCCACGAUCUUGCCAGAAACUGGAAAGAUACAUUUUGAUGUAAGAUAUAUGCCAGGAACUGGACACUUUGAAAUACAAGAAGGUGAAACAUUGGUUGCCAGCGGGAAAGUUACUUGCCCCGAAGAUACAGAUUUGGCAAGAUACGAGACUGAAUUUGACUUCACUAAUGAAGAGUUUGAGCUUAAAUCAUCAGAUAUUUACAAGGAAUUGAGAUUGAGAGGGUACGACUAUGGACCUACAUUUCAAGGCAUUAAAGAGGCAGAUAUUACAGGAGUCCAUGGUAAAGUUUUAUGGACAGGAGAAUGGGUUUCUUUCUUGGAUACAAUGUUACAGAUGACUAUACUGUCACAGCCGGGACAUGGUCUUUGUUUGCCAACAAGAAUUAAAGCUCUCACUAUAGACCCACUGUUGCAUCAUGGGAAUAUUGUUGAUAUUGGAGAUAAUCAACAAGGAGUCCAUGUAGUUGUUGAUCAAUAUUGCGACACUUGUAUUACCAGAGGAGUAAAGAUUCUUGGUCUCCAUGCUACACCAGCACCACGUCGUCAUGACUACCAUCAUCCAAUCACAGAGAAGUACACUUUUGUACCAUACCAGUCAGACAUUCCAGUACAAGCAUCAGUUUCACUUCAGCAGUAUGCUGGACAAUGCUACAAAUGUGCUCAAGAGGGGCUUACAAAUCUGUUACAACUACAUGGGGAUAAUGGAUUAAAGAGCAAGCACCAAAUCAAAGCAGUUGUCAAAUACUUAGAAGAGCAUGCAGAAACCUCAGAAAUAUUUGAACAAGGUGACAGUGAAAGUCAGGGUGUUCUAUCCACUUUACAGAAAAUCUUCAGGACUGAUUAUGAUGAAAAUUUUGCUGUGAAUGUUGAAAAGUUUGUUGCAGAAAAUCAAAAGACAAUUGCAUCAGAUCCUCUUCUUAAUUGCCUGAUCACACCUGAUACACUGAAGCCAUGCUUUGACCUAGUGGUAGAAAAUUGUUUGAAGCAAAAUUUGAAAGUAUUAGAAAUAUCCAAAUCUAACUUGAGUCACCAUUUAAUGCCUUUUGUUGCCAGUCAUCCAUUGUUAAAUACAUCAUUCACAGUAGCCACAGCAAUGGGAAAUGAGAGUAUAGAAGGAGUAGAGGUUAUAAAAUGGUUGCCAAGUGAUCAGCCUAUUCAGUCACUGCAACAAAAGAUGCAGCUAGUGGUUGCUGAUAAUAUUCUUCAUAAACAAUCCAAUAUCAAAUCUGGGUUGUGUAAUGUUUUAGAGUACGUGGAGGUUGGAGGUUUUCUCCUGGUACAAGAGGUUACCAAGAACUUCCAUCUUGCCUUACCUUUAGAUGGCUUCAUCAAUGAUGAUAUUUAUGAUGAUCUCAGUAGCAGAAGUUGCAGCGUUUAUUGUACAGAUGAAAAAUGGCGGGAAAUAUUCCAGGAAGAAGCUUUAGAGAUUAUUUAUAAAAAAUCUGACCAAUUCUUUAAUACAUUGUUCUUAUUGAAGAAAAUUGACAAUCAUUCUGCCCCUCAGAAAGUGAUAAAUGUAUCAGAUCUUGGAUGUAACUGGGUGGAGACAUUGAAAGAAGAAAUUCUAGUUAUUCAGUCAAAGCCAAAGGGAGACAAUUUGUGGUUUGUUGCAGAUGAGAAUGUCAACGGCAUUAUGGGAAUGGUAAAUUGUCUGAGACAAGAACCUGGUGGUGAUAGAAUAAGAUGUGUGCUAAAUAUUGGUAAUGAACCACUCCCUGAUAUAGAGGCAGCUGUUACAGAGCUAUCAAAGAAGGACCUGGUUAUGAAUAUCUAUAAUAAUGGUGUCUGGGGGUCAUUUAGACACCUUCCUUUAUCUCCUGUAACACUACUCCAGACAGAUCACGCUUUUGUCAAUGUUCUGACUAAAGGAGAUCUAUCAAGCUUACAUUGGAUUGAAUCUCCCUUAAGGUACCAUAAUCCAGCUGUUGAACCGCAAUCAGAGCUUUGCAGAGUUCAUUAUGCUGCCCUCAACUUCAGGGAUAUAAUGUUAGCUACAGGAAAACUCCCACCCGAUGCUAUCCCAGGAGGCCUAGCAAAUCAAGAGUGCAUGCUGGGUAUGGAAUUUUCAGGAACAGACUCCAAAAGCAGACGUGUAAUGGGAUUAGUACCAGCAAAGGGUCUAGCUACAGUUGUAGAUGUAAACAGUCAUUUUAUAUGGCCGAUCCCAGACUCCUGGUCACUGGAAGAUGCUGCAACAAUCCCUGUAGUCUAUACUACAGCUUACUAUGCUCUGGUUGUCAGAGGCAACAUUCACCAUGGUGAUACGGUACUGAUACAUUCAGGAAGUGGUGGUGUAGGUCAGGCAGCUAUAGCCGUGGCCCUUAGUUAUGGUUGUACAGUAUUCACAACUGUGAGUUCACAGGAGAAGCGCAGUUAUCUGAAGUCAAGAUUUCCUAAACUUACAGACAAACAUUUCUUCAAUUCUAGAGACACUACAUUUGAAAAUGGAGUACUAAAAGCAACUAAAGGAAAAGGAGUUGACAUUGUGUUGAACUCCCUCGCUGAAGAGAAACUUCAAGCUAGUUUGAGAGUGCUCGCUCAGCAUGGUCGCUUCCUAGAAAUUGGAAAGUUUGAUCUCUCAAAUGACACGUCCCUUGGAAUGUCUAUAUUUCUGAAGAACAUCAGUUUCCAUGGUAUUUUACUGGAUGCAUUAUUUGAAGAAGGGAAUCGAGACUGGUCUAUAGUUUCUCAAUGUCUAACAGAGGGUAUACAGUCUGGAGCUGUGCAGCCAUUAAAAGCAACGGUGUUUGACAGGGAUAGUGUUGAAGAUGCUUUUAGAUUUAUGGCACAAGGAAAACAUAUUGGAAAAGUUAUAAUAAAGGUUCAAGGUGGUGAAAUGAGUGCACCAUUGAGCAUACCAGCCCUCCCUCGUGCUGCAUGUGAUCCCGGAAAAUGUUACAUUAUAACUGGUGGUCUUGGCGGGUUCGGGCUUGAGCUGGCUCAGUGGUUGGUAGACCGAGGGGCCAGAAGUCUCAUUCUCACCUCUAGAUCGGGAGUUAGAACAGGGUACCAGAAAAGAAAAAUACAACUGUUACAGAAUUUGGGGGUAGAUGUUAUGGUAUCAACAAGAAAUGUGACAAAGAAAGAGGACAUUAGACACCUGCUUGCCGAGACCAGUAGUAAGCCAGUGGGAGGAGUCUUUCAUCUUGCUAUGGUAUUGAGAGAUGGUUAUUUAGAAAACUUGACUGUAGAAGAUUUCCAAAAGGUUUGCGGACCAAAAGUGACGGGAACAAUAAACCUUGAUCAGGGUACCAGAGACUUUUGUAAGGAGAGUUGUGAUUGGUUUGUUGUGUUCUCAUCUGUCAGUUGUGGGCGUGGCAAUGCUGGCCAGUCAAAUUAUGGCUUUGCAAAUU